AUGGGCUCCUCGGUGUACAUCGUGGUGGAGCUGGCCAUCGCCGUGCUGGCUGUCCUGGGCAAUGUGCUGGUGUGCUGGGCUGUGUGGCUGAACAGCAACCUGCAGAACGUUACCAACUACUUCGUGGUGUCACUGGCGGCAGCCGACAUCGCAGUGGGGGUCCUUGCCAUCCCCUUUGCUAUCACCAUCAGCAUAGGGUUCUGUGCCGCCUGCCACAGCUGCCUCUUCUUUGCCUGCUUCGUCCUGGUCCUCACACAGAGCUCCAUCUUCAGCCUCCUGGCCAUCGCCAUUGACCGCUACAUCGCCAUCCGCAUCCCACUCCGGUACAAUGGCUUGGUGACCGGUGCAAGGGCCAAGGGCAUCAUUGCCGUCUGCUGGGUGCUCUCCUUCGCCAUUGGCCUGACGCCCAUGCUCGGCUGGAACAACUGCGGGAAGCCGAAGGAGGACAGAAACCACUCGCAGGAGUGCCGGGAGGGCCAGGUGGCCUGUCUCUUUGAGGACGUGGUCCCCAUGAACUACAUGGUGUACUACAACUUCUUCGCUUGUGUCCUGGUGCCCCUCCUGCUCAUGCUGGGCAUCUACCUGCGCAUCUUCCUGGCAGCCCGGCGGCAGCUGAAGCAGAUGGAGAGCCAGCCUCUGCCGGGGGAGCGGACUCGGUCCACGCUGCAGAAGGAGGUCCAUGCGGCCAAGUCGCUGGCCAUCAUUGUGGGGCUCUUUGCCCUCUGCUGGCUGCCCCUGCACAUCAUCAACUGCUUCACCUUCUUCUGCCCUCAGUGGGGCCACGCGCCCCUCUGGCUCAUGUACCUGGCCAUCAUCCUCUCCCACUCCAAUUCCGUUGUGAAUCCCUUCAUCUACGCCUACCGCAUCCGUGAGUUCCGCCAGACCUUCCGAAAGAUCAUCCGCAGCCACAUCCUGAGGCAGCGGGAGCCCUUCAAGGCAGGUGGCACCAGUGGCCGGGCCUUGGCAGCUCACAGCAGCGAUGGAGAGCAGAUCAGCCUCCGCCUCAAUGGCCACCCUCCUGGGGCCUUGGCCAACGGGAGCGCCCCCCAUCCUGAGCGGCGGCCCAAUGGCUACGCCCUGGGGCUGGUGGGUGGAGGGGGUGCCUGUGAGUUCCAUGGGGACACGGGCCGCCCAGACGUGGAGCUGCUCAGCCACGAGCUCAGGGGAGCAUGCCCAGAGUCCCCUGGCCUCGAGGGCCCCCUGAGCCAGGAUGGAGCAGGAGUAUCCUGA